AUGGCUCCCGCAGCAGCAGGAAAGGCUAAAGCCAAGAAGAAGUGGUCCAAGGGUAAAGUCAAGGACAAGGCCCAGCACGCCGUUAUCCUCGACAAAGCCAUCUCCGACAAACUCGCAAAGGAUGUUCAAUCAUACCGUCUCGUCACCGUUGCCGUCCUUGUCGAUCGUCUAAAGAUUAACGGAUCCCUCGCAAGAAAGUGUUUGGCGGAUUUGGAGGAGAAGGGUGUUAUAAAGAAGGUUGUUUCGCACAGCAAAUUGAACAUCUACACUCGUGCGGUCGCUGCCGCAGAAUAA